AUGUCGACCAGCACUAUCCCGAUACCCCGCGACCCAACCGAUGACGAAGCUCUUGCCCUGUUCAAGGCCAUAGAGGAGAAGUUCCCAUCGCAGUCACUUGGAGAUGACAAGUGGUAUGUUCUUCUGCUCGCGGCGAUGGUAGGCGGCGGGCAGCCGGGCUUCGCGCCUCUGCUCUACAAGGAGCUCAUCAAGCGACCCGAAUGCCAAACACCCGAACAGCGUCAGGCGUUGAUGCGGAGGAUACGAGAGACACUGUUCAAGCUCAUCGUCAUCGUGGGCGUGUGCAAGCCGCUGGAAGCCAUCUUCGAUAUCGAUGCCAUUACGAGGCCAGAGGACAAGGAUUAUACAUUCUCCCGUAUAGAUUGGACGAGCAAGCAAAUCACCUACGGCCUCUAUCUAUCCGAUCACAGCAUCCUCAACGACGUCGAGACCGAGCUCACCGUACUCAGCGGCAUCAUGAUACAAAAUCUGCCGAGAGAGACAGCCUGGCAUUUGCGCGGGACAAGGCGCAUCGGCGUCAGCAAGGAGGACGUGGAGACAAUCCAGCAAUGUCAAGAUCAAGACGGCAUCACAACAGCAACAUUGUCUCCAUCGCUCAGGCAAUGGGCACACCUUCCCGAGGAGCUGAAAAUUUAUGUCUUAUGCUUUGUCGUUGGUGACAUUCCUGAAAGCCCCGUGCCAGACAGUAACUAUACAGUCAUCUUCCGCAAACAUAUGGAACCUAUCUAUGAGGUGCGGAACAAGGAACUGUACCGGCUGGCCCGGACCGCUUACUACAACAACAAUGUCUUCGAAAUCUGUAUCGAGGAGAAACCGUCUCAUUCGUCUCAACGAGUCACCUUUCGUUACCCUCCUGCAGAAAUAGCAAGCAUGAUUCGGCACUUACGCGUUACCGUUAAGACUUACACCAUGGAUGUUUCACGACUGGAACAUAUACUACUGUGCAAUUCGCAACCUUUGGCCUUUAUGCUGCAGGCAACAAGGCCCGUAUUACAAUCGAACGAACUAGGCCUGCCUUUACCAAUCAACAUACCCUCCGGCGGCACUCGCGUCGGCUUCGACGCCCUUCCCGAUGAGCUCAAGGUCCAAAUCCUCACGUACGCCCUCAGCACCAACAAGUACAUCAUGGCAAGGAACCACAAAGCCAUCGAGAAAGGUUUGAACCUACCAACUUUGCUACUCGUCAACAAGCGCAUGCACGCCCUUGCCGCACAAGUGUACUACAGUGGCAACACCUUUGUCGUUCGGCGCUCUGGCGUGUCUUGGGGGCACGUUACCCCGGGCGCUGACGACAAGUGGCGUUUCCCUCCGUUUGUGUUCGGUAGUCACGUUCGCAAACUGGUGAUACAGCUGGAGUUGUACCGUCGCAUUGACAACGCGGCACAGUGCCUAGAGCCGUCGUUGGAGAACGAUUGGCUGGUGCUUCUCCGUCCCCGGCCUGCCCACAAAGCUGCUACUCUCAAUGCGCCGCAGCAGGCAGGAGGGCAAGAUUGGCAGAAUCAAUUCCCCAAGCUUUCGGAGCUGACCGUGCGACUGAGCACUUCCCUCAGCUUGCAUUUACAAAUCAACAGUGACAGCGCUCAGGACCGACGAGCAUUACUUGAUCUUCCAAACAAAGCAACUGUUGUGCUGCAGCCAAAGCUUUUGAGGCUCCAGAAUGACUCAGGCGCGGAGCUCAGGUCCAGUGACCCGAUGCAUGGGGCCAUUCACAACAUGGUCAAGCUCAGGAUCUAA